AUGACCCUUCAAGCAGUUGUUGCCACGUCUAACAGCUCUCUAAUCCAGCCAGGGUUUUCCGUGUUUCGGUUUGGUCGCCAUGUCUAUUUCUUUGGUCAGAAAGGUUGGCCGAAGAGGGCGUGCCCAACAGGCGUGUUCCUGGUGGACUUGAAAAAAAAUGAGAUGAAAUUAAGACCUACUGCGUUCACCAAGGAAUCUUGCUACCUCCCUCCGCUGAGGCACCCAGCUGUGACCAGCUUCCCUGAGAGCCCAGGAGGCGAAGUCAGUCAAUAUCUUAUCCAUGGUGGAAAGACGCCAAACAAUGAACUGUCUCAAAAACUAUACGUCAUGUCUUUUGUUCCGUCGGCCAACAAGAAAUCAUUACUGUGCUGUUUAGAAAAAGAUUUGGUUGGUGACAUUCCCGAAGCUCGGUAUGGUCAUUCCAUGAAUGUCGUUUACAGCAGAGGCAAAAGCGCUGUGGUGCUGUUUGGUGGAAGAUCUUACAUACCUUUGAAGCAGAGGAUUACGGAAAAAUGGAACAGUGUCACUGACUGCCAGCCGUUCGUUUACCUGAUUGACCUUCAGUUUGGCUGUUCUACCGCGUACACCAUCAAAGAGAUACAAGAUGGGCUUUCUUUUCAUGUUUCAGUAUCAAGAAAUGAUACAGUCUACAUAAUAGGUGGUCAUACACUUGAAAGUAACAUGAGGUCUCCAAACAUCUACAAGAUUAAAGUAGACCUCCCGCUUGGAAGUCCAGCAAUAACUUGCACAGUUUUAGAAGGUCGCGUCCCUGUCUCGAGUGCUAUCGUGACUCAUACUUGCCCAGAUGAAUUCCUGAUUGUUGGUGGAUAUGAGUCUGACAGCCAGAAGAGAAUGGCCUGUAACAAGGUCUCCAUAAGUAAUGACACCAUAGACAUCCAAGAAAUGGAGACACCAGACUGGACAGGAGAUGUUAAGCAAAGCAAGACUUGGUUUGGUGCCGAUAUGGGACAUGGAGUUGUUCUCCUUGGAAUUCCAGGAGACAACAAGAAUCACAGCUCAGACAGUAACUUCUUCUUUUACAUACUGAACCAUGGUAGUGAGGAACAUUUGAUGCAGUCGUGUAGCCAAGGGUCAUUGGAAGAGCAAGAAGACUCCAUGCCACUGGAAGACUCAGAAGAGUUCAACUUCUAUGGGGAUGACACCUACAACGAAGAUGACGAAGAGGACGAGUCGGAGGCGGGUUACUGGAUCACAUGUUGUGUUGGCUGUGAUCUGAAUGUGAACACCUGGGUCCCGUAUUAUUCCACAGAACUCAACAAACCAGCCAUGAUCUACUGCUCCAGUGAUCAAGGACACUGGGUCCAUGCCCAGUGUAUGGAUCUCUCAGAAAGCAUGCUUGUCCAUCUGUCUGAAAACAACGUCAAAUAUUUCUGCAGUUACCAUUCUAAAUUGGAAAGAGGUCUGCAAACACCCAAAAAGAUGGUCCCUGUCUAUAAGCCUUCAAUGAAGAAAGUAGGUCGAAAAGCAUCUAUCAACAGAAUGUCAACGGUGAAAAAAUCUUUCCUCAGACGCUUGUUUGACUAA